AUGCGUUUCGCUCUUCUUACCCUUUUAAGCGGUGCUUUUGUCACUGCGCUCACUGGAGAAGAAGCUCUAGAAAAGUGGGGUGGGCCUAGGGGUGGGAAUAAGGUUUCCCACGGGGGUAACAAUAUUGCCAAUGGGAAUGGUGGUGGGAUUAACAUUGACACUGGGGGUGGUGAUAUUGGAGACAUUGGGGUUGGGGUUGGGGGUGGGGGUGGUUGUGACGCGGCCGCUUGUGACGCCAAGGUGACCAAUCAGGUUACUGCGACAACGGUAGUGAAUCUCCCAGUUUACUUGGGCUUAUCCUUGGACAAACUACGCCAGGCUGUAUCUGUGUCCCAAACCCGCCAGAUUGUGAUCCUCCUUGCGCGUCCGGCCUGA